AGCUUAAAAAGAUCAGCAAUGAAUCAUGAAUUUAAUACAAGUUUACCUUGUGUAUUAUGCACAUGUGUUGUGAACAUGGAAUCUCAAGGUGGUACAGUUGGUGAAGGAAAUUUUGUUUGCAAAACUUGUUAUGAUAGUAUUGAAGUUAUGGCAAAUGCAGAAAACAUUGUUUCCGAAGUUUUGAAAAAGAUUACAAAAAAAGACUUUAAUGAAAUUGCUGCAUCUUCAACAUUGAAAAUGAUUUUUUCUGGAAAAGUAUAGUUUUAAUAGUUUUUAAUCUUAAUUUAUUAAAACAGAUAAUAACUUGUUUAAAUAAUGUUAAAAGUGUAAGGUUAUAUUAAAUUUUUAUGGUGUACUAUCACUAUAUGGUAUCAAGAUAAAAAGAUUUAAAUUUCUUGCAAAAUUAGUUUCACCACAUAAUGAAAUUCACCACAAAGUUUUGGUAUGAUAGGAAAAGCUUAUAAUUUGGUGAUUGGUUGCCAGUUUUAAUUAAAUGUUCAAUAUACUUGUGCACUUAAUUGACUUUUUUAUUUUUUAGUUGCAUAGUUAUAGGCACAAUAUAUACAAAGAAGGAGGCUCCCAAAAAAAAAAUAUGAUAAAUUUUGAAAAUAGAUCAAAUUUGGUUGAGCUGUUGUCCGAGGAUCAAUCCAACUUUUUAUAUAUGGCAUUAGGAUCAAAUUUUCGUGAAACCAAGUACAAUGAUUACAUCUAUAAGGUUAUUGUUCCUGAAUGUAUUGUAAGUCUUUUUGCUAAAUUUAUGCAAUGGUCCAGAAUUCAGACUGAAGUUUUUUUGGAAAAGUUUUUUUCUGCAAGGAAUAAACCUUUGGAAAUUAAACCAGCUUCCAAGGUGUCAAAUGAAAGCAUGAAAAGUGAAAUAAUGAGAGCUCUUGAAAACGAUGAUUUCCUGGCUGCAUCAACAGUCAUUUCAAAACUGAAAGCUUCUGCCAUAAAUAAAGGCUCAAAAGAGGUUAAAACUCGCAGAAAAGUUAAAUGUCCUCAAUGUUAUAAGCAAGUGGCACAUCUAGACAGACAUUUAAUGUCUAAAAAACAUGUCUGGGAUCGGAUAAAAGCAAAAAACGCUAGAGUAGAUUUUGAUCUCAACUUACCAAGAAAAGUGCUCUCACCUUCUAAAAGACAAUCAAAGAUCCGUCAAUACAAAAAACAAAUAUGUGGUUUUUCUAACUGCCUGAAAGAAGUUAAAAGAUUAAACAAUCAUCUAAGACAGUUUCAUGGUUUGAAAACAAAAGAAGAAGUUCAAAGAGCAACUAUGCUUGCAAGACCUGUUCUUGAAAUUAGUGAUAAAGAGUCAAAUGACGAGUCAAGUUCUGAUGAUUCUUCAUUUACAGACGAUGAAGUAUUAUUAGAAAAUAAUUUCACUAAAGCCAUUCAUAGCGACAGCAAUUUCUUGGCUUCGGACAGUGAGGAUGAUGAUUGGCUUGGUAUUCAAUAUCUUCAAAAGAGAUUAGAAAAGUGUUCUGAAGAUCAUAUUGGCCAUGAUCUUAGAAGUAAAAGAGAUAUGUCACCAACUAAAGAAGAUUCUGAAAGUUCAUCUGUGGACUUUGAAGAUGGUGAGCAGAUUUUUUACAUGGCUUCAUCUGAAGAAGAACAAUUUUUAGAUGAUUUUGUAAUUUGGCUGCAAAGUCCAGAUGGUGGGAUCAAACCUGAGCGUACAGCUAAAAAACAUAAAAAUGUAAUUAUGGGUGUUGUGCGACAUGCUGCAGAUGAUGACAUUAAUUACAAGCAUCUUUCUUGCACUUCUUUUUUAAACUCAUGGAUGUUGAAAAUGCAAAGUGAACAGAAACAACCUGGAACAAUUAAAACUUAUUUAGGUUCGAUACAAAUAUUUUUAGAUUUUUGUAUUUUGAGACAAAGAAAUGAUAUCAUUACUAAUGAUGAGUAUGUGAAACUAAAAGUUUUAAUUAAACAAUGGAUGCGUACCUUAUGGAAAGGCAUUCAAGAAAGGCAGUAUGAGAAAGAUUUAGAAGAUUUUCACAACUUUCCAUCUGAGCAAGAAAUCAUUCAAUUUGAUGCUUCAGAUUAUGUUAAAAAUGCAAAGAAAAUUUUAAAAAGCUGCAAUAACAGUAACUUUGUUUUAAAUAAGUCUAAUUAUUGUUUAGCCAGAUCAUAUUUAUUAACCUACAUACUAUUCAAUAAUGCAUCAAGGCCUGGUGCAAUUGCAAAUAUGACAAUUGGUGAAUUUAGAAGAGCUCUUCAUAAUGCUAGCGGCUAUACAAUUAGUGUUAAGAAACACAAAACAAGCUACAAAGGACCUGCUAACAUAGCAAUGACUGUAGAACUGUACAAUGAAGUUGCAGUUUACAUACAGUUUCUUAGGAAUAAGCUUGAAGGUAUAUCUCAUCCAACUGAUAAGGAACCUGUAUUCCUAAGUUUCAGUGGUUUAGCUAUGGAUUCAUCAAUGAUAUCCUCGCAGUUUACCCUAUUUUGGAACCGUGCUUUGGGCAAAAAGAAUUCAGAUUCUUCUGCAAUGAAUCCAACCCUUGUGAGGAAAUACACUACAACUAAAGUCCAUAGUAAAUUUCCUCAUUUAAAGCAAAAAACAGCACAACACUUGUGCCACAGCUUGAAAGUUGCUGAAUCAAAUUAUGCAUUGUAUGACACACGAAAUUCUGCAUCAAGCACAUGUACUGCAUUAACUUCUGUACAAAGAUCAACUGAUGGAGUUUUUAAAAAUGUUGCUGAUAAAGUAGACACCACUAUGGACUUGUUUAAUGAUGAGAUAAACAAAGGUUUGAUUACUAUUGCCGAUGUAAGAAAAAAGAUUUCAGGUACAGACAGUGAUUUGAAGAAAGUCUUGGAUAAAGUAAGACAUACAAUCCGUAAAAGAAAUAUAACUGCAGGAUCCACACCAAAUGUUGAAAAGGUUCAAUUCUCAAUAGAGCCUAGAAUUAAAGCAAUCGAAGAAAAAGAUGAUUUUGCAGGGAAAAAAAAGAAGAAAGAUGAACCUAUAAGAAAGUUAUAUAAUUUUCGAGAUAAAAAAGAAAGCAAAAUAAAUGUAAAUGAUGAAUUUUUCGAAAGCACAGAUGAUGUUAAAACUGAUGAUUUUUCUUACUUAGAUUAUAUUGCACCAUCUCCAGAAGUCGCGUUCAAAAGAACAAGAAAAGAAUUUGCUGAAGAUGAUAAUCGGCUUAUAUACAAAUAUCUAUCAUCAAUUAUAUUUUCAAAUGAACCUAUUGUUAAAAGUCAGUUUACUUCAUUAUUAAAAAGUCAACCAGAAUUAGUUCAGCUUGUGAAGCGGUUUGGGGUUCAAUCAUUGAUUGUAAAGAUGAGAACUGAAAGACAAAAGAAUUUCAAAACAUUAUAAAAUAUUAUUAGUAUUAAAGUAUAAUAAAAUAUUUUCUGUUUGCCUUUAUAUUAUGGUUGUUAAAUAUUGAAGUUUACUUUUAAAUUUUAAAUAUAAUACUACAAUAAACUUGAAGCAUUAUUUUAUACUAUUUUAUUAAGUUUUUCUGUGUGUUUAGUAGAAGAGGUUAUUUUAUGAAUAAAGUAGAAAAUAUUUUUGAUAUGUUUUGAUAUGUUGCUUAAGUUACUGUAACCAAAGUUACAGUAUAUGUAAAUUAAACUUAAAGUAAGUUUAACUUACAUAUAAUUUACAUUUAAGUUAAACUAACAUAUAUAU